AUGGCGGCGGCCGCCGGGGCGGUGCGGAGCGGCCCUUCUCUGCCUAAAGGUGAGGUAAAAGGUGAUCGGAAAGGCCCUUCUCUGCCUAAAGGUGAGGUAAAAGGUGAUCGGAAAGGCCCUUCUCUGCCUAAAGGUGAGGUAAAAGGUGAUCGGAAAGGCCCUUCUCUGCCUAAAGGUGAGGUAAAAGGUGAUCGGAAAGGCCCUUCUCUGCCUAAAGGUGAGGUAAAAGGUGAUCGGAAAGGCCCUUCUCUGCCUAAAGGUGAGGUAAAAGGUGAUCGGAAAGGCCCUUCUCUGCCUAAAGAUGAGGUAAAAGGUAAUCGGAAAGGCCCUUUUCCGCCUAAAGGUGAGGUAAAAGUUGAUAGGAAAGGCCCUUCUCUGCCUAAAGGUGAGGUAAAAGGUGAUCGGAAAGGCCCUUCUCUGCCUAAAGGUGAGGUAAAAGGUGAUCGGAAAGGCCCUUCUCUGCCUAAAGGUGAGGUAAAAGGUGAUCGGAAAGGCCCUUCUCUGCCUAAAGAUGAGGUAAAAGGUAAUCGGAAAGGCCCUUCUCUGCCUAAAGAUGAGGUAAAAGUUGAUAGGAAAGGCCCUUCUCUGCCUAAAGGUGAGGUAAAAGGUGAUUGGAAAGGCCCUUCUCUGCCUAAAGGUGAUCGGAAAGGCCCUUCUCUGCCUAAAGGUGAGGUAAAAGGUGAUCGGAAAGGCCCUUUUCUGCCUAAAGAUGAGGUAAAAGGUGAUCGGAAAGGCCCUUCUCUGCCUAAAGGUGAGGUAAAAGGUGAUCGGAAAGGCCCUUCUCUGCCUAAAGGUGAGGUAAAAGGUGAUCGGAAAGGCCCUUCUCUGCCUAAAGGUGAGGUAAAAGGUGAUCGGAAAGGCCCUUUUCUGCCUAAAGGUGAGGUAAAAGGUGAUCGGAAAGGCCCUUCUCUGCCUAAAGGUGAGGUAAAAGGUGAUCGGAAAGGCCCUUUUCUGCCUAAAGGUGAGGUAAAAGUUGAUCGGAAAGGCCCUUUUCUGCCUAAAGGUGAGGUAAAAGUUGAUCGGAAAGGCCCUUCUCUGCCUAAAGGUGAGGUAAAAGGUGAUAGGAAAGGCCCUUUUCUGCCUAAAGGUGAUCGGAAAGGCCCUUCUCUGCCUAAAGGUGAGGUAAAAGGUGAUCGGAAAGGCCCUUCUCUGCCUAAAGGUGAGGUAAAAGGUGAUUGGAAAGGUCCUUCUCUGCCUGAGAUCCCGAGAGCAGCUACCACUCAGAGAAGACAUCCUAUUGAGGGAAUUCUAUCUGAGGGGGAGGCAGCUUCAUGUGUUCAACAGCCCGUGCAGUUGGCUACUGGUUUCAGCACGGCUUUUAUCCAACAGUGAAGCAUUCGGAGUCCUUUAAAAAAAAAUUAAGUCAACCCAAGUUUCUAGUCCUUAUGUUUAGAAAGGUUAACUUGAAAACCAGCGAUCUCCCAGAAACCCGAGCGUCCCUGGAGUUGGCAGAGUCUCCAAGAGACCAGCUUGUGGUCGUCAUCUCCGGUCCCCUCGCCCCGUGGUUGCAUCACCUACAAAUUGGCCACACAACCCACUUCAUCCCACUCAGAAGAUGGGCAGGAGACCACAUGCCUCUCGCAGUAAUGGGGUGGGUGGGAUGGUGCUGAGCUUCAUGCCCACAUCACUCUGGCCCCCUCCCCGUGAUGCACAGCCCAUGCCAUAAGCUGAGCUCUUCUCUGUCUUCCUCGCAGGCAAAAAGGAGGAGGGCGAUCCCGUCAUGGUCUACUCGGCCCUGCAGCUUCCGACUGAAGACUGAGCAGAACUUGGGCAUCCGGGAUGCUUCUUAACGCCCACGGGCCCCCUUCUUGCCAGCUGGGAAGGGGCAUAGCCCCCCAUCAGUACAUCUCUACAAUCAAAUGGAGGUGGCACAUGCCUCGCCUGCCACAGCUGGCCAGAAACGGAGCCCACUUUCAGCCCAGCUAUGUGCCCUCCCUGGAGCAAGGAAUUUUUUCUCCUGUAACAGGUUUCCCCCUCGUGUCCGCUACAAAAGUUUGCCGUGUUCUGCUCUCCCGUCUCCUUUUGGAGAGCGGGUGGAUACGCCCCACGUCCCCCUUGAUAGCUUAUGAGCCGAUAUGACGAGAUCACGCUGGGUGAAUCCCGUGGCUGCUUUGAGACUUUUCUGUAACGGGCGAAGAGGGAGGCAGCGUUGGCCAGUUCUGGGGAAAUUGACUUGGACUUCUCAGAUUGAUGAUGGUGAUUCCAACCUAGGUAUGUCCAGCUUGGGCUCGGACUCUGUGGUCAGCAGCUGGCUUAUUUGGACUCUUGUUUAAGAUCAGGACAUUUGGGGGCAAGCCCCAUUUCGUACUCUACAGUCUCCCCCUCUCCCCACCUCCAAUCUUUUCCUUAACUGGCAAAUGGGAACCAGUUGGUAUUUUUUGAAGGAGUACAGUAUUUGGUUGCCAGUUUCUUCUUCCGCUCUAACCUAUGCCAGAGUUUGCUCAUCUCUAGGAUUCUCUCCUUUGCUCUGUGGCCUCUCUUCAGCCACACCAGUCUACUCACACGCAAGCCAAGGUCGUCACACUCUCGGUUUCACUUAAAAAUGAUGCAAUUCAAUAAUUUUCGGGCAAAACUCUGACCCGGGAUCUUGCUGUCCCCUUUCAAAAGAGUUUCCCUAAUUGUCUGUCUUUGGCGGCUAGAAUGGAAUCAAAGCAGGUUUGACUGUGAAAUUUGUGUUUUAGGUCAGAGUGAUGAAGAUAUUCCUCAGUCCCACAAAGCAAGAGGCGUGGUGCGCCCUUUGACCUCAUGGCCCAGUUCUCAUGGGACUCCUUGUGCGCCUCCAAGCACUGUAUCCCAGGGCCUUCUUUACAAGGAAGGAGAGCAAAUUCCUCUUGGGAGGAUGUUUUCAAAAGGAACAGGAAUGGAGAGAUGUGUGUGCCUGUCUAGCCAUUCCACAACUCAGUGGGCUCUGCAAUGGAUCAGCGAUUGGUCUAUCAGCCAGCUGGGUGGACUGUUCAGAAAGGUUACUGCAUCGCCCUCUUCUGGCUGGAAGUGUUCCUGCAUCUGUCAAUCUCACCUUCCUCUCUUAAGUGUUUUUUUUCCAGGGAAAAUUAAUCUUCCAGGUUCAAGGGCAACUCUGACUUUCCUGUUCCAAAAUGUUCUGCCUUAGCCCUGCGUGAUCAGCUCUCAACCUGGAUUCUUUUUUAAUUUAAGUAUUUGAUCCUUUUUUGUAGUUGAAGUACCGAUCCUUUUAGUAUCGACAGUUUGGUACGAUGAAUAAAAGGUCUUCACUCUUGUAA